AUGGAUGACCAUGCUUCUUUCCACCAAUUUUACCAAAACACAUCGGAAUAUUCCUCCCAAUACUCCAACUACAAUAAUUACCUCCCCUUCAACGAGAACGACACCGAGGAAAUGCUCCUCUACGGGGUCAUCAGCCAGGCCACCACCGCGUCUCCGGCCAGCUCCGGCGGCGAAGAAGCGUGCUCCUCGACGGCGGACGAGCAGCAGCAGCUGUCGUCGUCGCCCGACGAGGAGGUCGCCUACAGGGGAGUGAGGAAGAGGCCGUGGGGGAAGUACGCGGCGGAGAUCAGGGACUCGACGAGGAACGGCGUCCGGGUGUGGCUGGGGACGUUCGACACCGCCGAGGAGGCCGCCCUGGCCUACGACCAGGCCGCAUUCGCCCUGCGCGGGAACAUGGCGGUGCUCAAUUUCCCGGCGGAGACGGCGCGGCGGUCGCUCCAGGAGAUGGGGUACUCGCACGGCGGGGAAGGGCCGUCGCCGGUGCUGGCGCUGAAGAAGCGGCACUCGGCCAACAGGAAGGCGGAGAGCGGGCGGAGGAAGAGAGGGAAGGCUGCGGCGGCGGCGGCGGCGGCGGAGGAGGUGGAAGGGAUGGUGGUGUUGGAGGAUUUGGGGGCAGAGUACUUGGACGAAAUCCUGGCCAUAUCGACGGAGAGUAGUGAUACUACUGUUGCUGCCAAUUACAGUAACACUACUAAUUAUGAAGGUAAUGGUGGUGGGUACAAUCAUCAUUAUUAUUGGUGA